AUGAAAAUCAAAGUCGAAGCCACAGACCUCCGCGACGACAAAGUCUACAGUGCCACCGUCGAGGGCUGGGAGACUCUCGACACUGUCCGCCAAAUUCUGGCGGACAAGGUCCCCGGGGCGACUCCGAAGGAGCAGUUCUUUUACAUUCGAGAUGAAUUUAUAAAUGCUUCCAUUCCUGCAGACCAGCUUCGCAAAAAAGCCAGAGCUGCGGGCCUUCUUGAUGGCGUCGGUAGGCCUUAG